AUGGAUACAAAUUUCAAUCCAACACCUUCAGAUGCACAUCCCGAGAGCAUGGAUUUUCUGUCACUUGCUUGGUGCAACUUUGCAGUUCAAACUAUCCAACCGGAGCUAGAAGAUCGAUCAGUCAUUAUCCUUGAUAAUUCAAUCAAGCAAAUUGAGAGCUAUGCCCGAGCUCCUAUCAUGAAGAUAGACAAGAGCGUUAAGAUGGACGAUGCAGAUUUCAAGUCUCUACCACCAUGGAAUUCCAAUGAUGUGAAGUCAUGGAUAUGGAUGCAGCAAGCAAUGCACCCCGAAUUGAACUACAACAGCUAUUUUCAAAAGAAAUGGUUGCCAUGGAAAAUAGUUCCAUUCAAAAAUGUCUCGAUCAGGAAAUGGUUGAAAGAAAUUAAAGCAAGGCGCAAAGAAGAAGGGAGGCUACAGAGAGCUGAAGUGCAUGCAGCAAUAUCAGUGGCGGGCGUGGCAGCAGCACUUGCCGCCAUUGCGGAGGAAAACUCUAAGAAGGAGGGGCCAAGCACGGGGAAGGAAGCCGCCGUGGCCUCUGCGGCUGCUUUGGUUGCGGCCCAGUGUGCGAAAGUGGCGGAAGCAAUGGGGGCAAAGAGGGAACAGCUCAGCAGCGUGAUAGCUUCAGCCGUGAGUGGUACAAAUGCAAGCGACAUCUUGACGCUCACAGCUUCAGCUGCAACAUCAUUAAAAGGAGCUGCUACACUCGAAGCAAGAUCAGAAUGCAAGAAAAGAUUAAAUGGGAGCGCACCUGUGCUGCCCAUUGUGGAGAAGAACGAUUUAGACUUCAAUUAUGAAAAGUAUAGGGCACUCCUCGCAAAGGGUGCAGAGCUCAGUGUGGAAACACCAGAAGGGAAGUACUCGGUGAAAACAGUGUCAGUCAUCCUCAACAGCCAGGCCAAGGUUAUUCUGAAAACAAGGAGGCACAAUCUCUGGAAAAGUAAAAAAGAAAGUAUUGUGCUGGACCUGCAUGCUGAGCUGUAUGAAGAUUCAGAAACCGAGGAGAGCAGUACAUGUUAUCUGAUUGUGUUAACAACGAGCAGGGGGACAUUCAAGCUAGACAUGGCGGAUGAUUAUCAGCGUUACAAGACUUGGGCUACGACCAUCAAUCAUAUGCUGAUGCUCUCUACUUCAUUCACAAAAUACGAGCUUCAGUUUUACAAAAAUUAAUGUUACUCUCUGUCUUUGACAUGUUGUUACUUAAUUUGUGUAAUUAUUAUGAUUACAGAAAGUUCUGCUCAUGAAUUUUCAGUUUAAUACA